AUGCAUAAAAAGACUAAAGAAUUUUCCUUAAAAAUAAUUGGUUUUUGUAAAUUUCUAAAUAUUUUUUAUAGGUUAAAUUUAAAGAACGAAAAAGCUUACGGCAAAAAAAAAGUAUUAAAUAAUAUUGAAGUGAAUAUGGGUUUAAUAAUUAUAAAUUAUUUAAAUAUAGACAUGUUAAAGUAA